AUGGAGAUAAAUCUGCCUACAGGGAUGAGGUCUGUGGACUGGUGCUCCUCUAACAACCUGGUACUCAACAUCUCCAAAACAAAAGAGAUGAUCAUUAAUUUCAGGAAACAGGAGGUGGACCCUACUCCCUUGUAUAUCAAUGUGUCUGAUCUGAGGCUUGUUCUGCUGGGGAAGAAUGUUCCAGAGGCCUGCAGAGUGGGAAACUUCAUCCUGGGAAAAGACGUGUUUGAGACUGAAGUACCUCCUUCAGUAGAGCAGCACAAUGAGAGAGCCAGCGGAUGGGUGGAUGGGAGAAACAUCACCCUCAUCUGCACACCCAAUCUGUUUCAUACUGAACUCACUCAAGAGGCAUUACAUCAGAAAGUGCAAGAGUGUGUAGCUCUGUCUGCUCUAGGCCCUCAUGCAUUUUUACUUGUGAUAGAGUCUAAAAGCUUUACAACAAAUGAUAGCUCCAGAAUGAGGUACAUAUUGGACUCCUUUGGUGAGCAAGCCCUGAAAUAUGCCAUUGUGAUAACUACAAACAGCAAGCCUUCAUUGUAUGCCAAGGAGAAGAAUGAAACUUUUCAAAAGAUACUAAAUGAAUGCCAUGGGAGGCAACACAUAUUACAAUUAAACAAAAUUAACAACCCGAAUCUAGUUCGAAAUCUGUUUAAGGAGAUUGACAGAAUAGUUACACAGAAUGGAGGAACUCAUUUUAUGUUUGAGAUUUAUGAGAAUCCACAGGAGGAGGAUGAAGGUGAAGCACAUGGAAAAGGGAGGACUGCAGAUUUUACUGAAAACAAGAGGUGGAAGAGUACUUCUUAUGAAAAAGAUCAAGACAUCAGUAUCACUGCUGUGCUCUGUGGAAACACAUCUGCAGUUUGCUUCAGACAUGACAACAUCCUCCUUGGACAUGAGAAGCCAACUCUGAAUAGUGCAGAUUUUUCUUUGAUUGUUCCGAAACCAAGAAAAAUAUCAAAUCACAAUUUGUCUGUGAUCAACAUGCUUUGUGUGCAAGAGGAAAAUGUAUACUGGGACCUAAUUGCUGAUAAACUCAUCAAUGAAGAUACAAUCCAUGUUAUUAUUUAUGUACUACAACUGGGCCAGUUAACAGAUACUGAUAAGGCAGGACUAGAAAGCCUGCAGAGUAGAUUUGGUGAAAAUGUUCUUCCAUUUGUGAUAAUUCUCUUCACUUACGAGAGAGGGGAGCCCUGUGAUACCAUCAUAGAUGACCUAAAGAAAAGCAGUAUUCUAGAGGAGCUGCUGAAGAAGUGUGGAGACAGAUAUCACACCUGCAGCAAGAGCAUGAACAACCAAUCAGAGAUGAGAACACUGCUGGAGAAGAUCAACCGUCUGGUCUCUGAGAACAAUAAGCGCGGCUACACUGCUGAGAUGUACAAGACUGUGCAGACACUUAGAGAAGAGAUACAAGACAGCCAAAAUCUGCAAAGUGCCUCUAAUUAUCCCCCACAAAAAGAAGAGGUGGACAUCAAUCAGGGACAAACAUUGUCAAGUGGAAAACCCAAAGCAGCAGAUGCCAUACCACAUCGAUCCAAACAUAUGGAGCAGAUUUUCAUAAGACUUAAUCUGCUAGGAAAGGAACAAAAACUAAAACCUGUAGAUGUUCUUCAAAUAACUGCAACAUUAUUAAAAUAUCAAGAGCCUUGUAAAUAUUUAGCUUUUCUGUAUAAGCUCAUGAUGAUGAACUACAGAGCAAGAUGCAUUUUUCAUGAUGAACAGAAGGAAAUUCAGUUAUGUACAAAGUAUCAUGCAGUUGAUCGAAGCAUUUCAGGUUUUCUCAAGACAGACUUAAAACCUUUGGAAAAAGAUAUCAAUAUACAUGCUAUUCACCCCAUGGAUGUCCAGAGUGCAGUGUUCCAUUGCUCAGAUAGUUUCCUAAAACAGCUCAUAGUGACUAAACUAUCCCAGUGUCAAUAUGCCCUGCCUCUGCUGGUGCCUGAUCCCUUCACCAGAGAGAUUGAAUUUCCUCUGUGGACAUUUAGGCAAAUCAAGAAGAGCUGGAAGACCACUGAUACCUCUGGUAAAGAGGUCACUUUUACUAAACCAAUUUAUGAUGCUAAAACUCCAAUGGUGGUGUUCUUUAGGUUUGGCUCUGUGUCAUCAUCCAAGUCUCAGCUGAUGAACAUCCUGAUCAGUGAAAAACACAACACAUUCUUCCACAGACACUGCCCAGGCAGCAGCAGAAACUGUCUACUGAUGGAUGGAGUGGUGGAGAUUGCCUGGUAUCUCCCAUCUGAGAAGAGCACUGAUUAUUUCCCUGACUGUGUAGCAUUCUGUAACCUCCAUGGUGAUGCAGAAACUAAUAAGGAGCAACUAGAGAUUCUUACUGAAAUGUCCUCUGUGAAUGUUGUACUUCUAGGUGAUCAACAGUGCAUUAGUAGAAAUGAAGAAAUACUGCAAAGGCUUUUUAAUGGGCCAAAGCCACUCAUUUGUUUACUGCCUGAGAAUAGUUCAAAUGUCACUGGGACAAAGAGCCUGAAAUUCAAAAUUGGUCUUAAAGACAGAGGUCAGGGAACUGUAUCUAAGGAGCUCAGAAAGAGCAUUAACACAUGUUUAUCAAAAUCAAUCUCCACUUUCAGGCUUGAGGAUAUGGGUAAAAACAGUGGAAUCAUAACAGAUGAGAAUAGUCAUGAGUGUCAAAAAGGGAAAGACGCUGCUCUUCAGAUCACACGGCUGCUGGAUGGAAAGGACAUGUCAAGCAUUAAGGAGAUGUAUCUGCCUUGUCAAGGGGAACUGUGGCAUAUGUGGUGCCAAAUGAACAAAAAGAAAUAUAAACUUUGCUGCAGUGAUACAGAGAAGCAAAUUAGUAAAAUACAGAAGGAAAUGAAUCAGAUUCGUGUACAACAGCAUGAACAUGGGGUCACACCACUUGUCCAGCUGUUCAUUCAAACUAUGAAUUCACAUUUUCCACCAUCAGAUGAAAGGUGCUAUUUUCUUAAGUGGAUUGAAAUCUCUUUUGACAAAAGUACAGAUGGCUGCUUUGGUUUAGAGCACAUCCUCAGAGAGAUGGGUCAGAUUUAUGAGUCAUCAAUGAGUAAACAAAAUAAAAAGCUUAAGCACUUCUCUCUCCCCAAGAUUGUAGCAGAGUUCGUGCUCUCAGGAUAUCCACUGGAGCUGAUGGAUGGUGAUGCUGGUCAUGUUCCUCUGGUCUGGGUUUCAGCAGUUCUAGAUGAACUCAUCAAGAUUCUGGGAGACCAGAGAGUCUUUGUGCUGUCAGUCUUGGGAAUCCAGAGCUCUGGGAAAUCCACCAUGCUGAAUGCCAUGUUUGGACUCCAGUUUGCAGUAAGUGCAGGCAGGUGUACCAGAGGAGCCUUCAUGCAGAUGGUCAAAGUGUCAGAAGAGAUGAAGGCAGAACUGAAGUUUGAUUACAUUCUAGUUGUUGAUACUGAAGGUCUUCGAGCUAUGGAGCUAACUGGAAAUUUAAGAUGUCAUGACAAUGAAUUGGCAACAUUUGUCACGGGACUUGCAAAUAUGACUUUGGUCAAUAUAUUUGGAGAGAACCCUGCUGAGAUGCAGGACAUCCUUCAGAUUGUUGUUCAGGCCUUCAUGAGAAUGAAGAAGGUCAGACUGAAUCCAAGUUGCAUGUUUGUGCAUCAGAAUGUCCCAGAUGUUACAGUUAAAGAAAAAAACAUGGUGGGUAGGCGAUGCUUGCAAGAUAAACUAGACAAGAUGACAAAGCUAGCUGCCCAGGAGGAAAUUUAUGAUGCUGAGUGUUUCAGUGAUAUAAUUGAAUUUGAUAUAGAGAGCGAUGUGAGAUACUUUGCACAACUCUGGGAGGGCAGCCCUCCCAUGGCUCCACCAAACCCAUUAUAUAGUGAACAAAUUGAGGAACUGAAGCAAACUUUAAUCUCCAAACCUACAAAGAAAGGCAGAAUGAAGUUGUCUGAGUUCCAAACCCGAAUCAAAGAUCUGUGGAAUGCACUUCUGAAUGAGAACUUUGUUUUCAGCUUCAGAAAUACUUGGGAGAUUACAGUGUAUAGGAAACUGGAGGAGGAAUAUGGGAAAUGGACCUGGAGCCUUAGGAGUGCUAUGUUGGAGAUUCAAGAUAAACUCCAUACUAGAAUCAGCAACACCCAUUUACAAAAAGUGGAGUGCAAAGUCCUUGAGGGGGAAAUGAAUGGAAUUUUUGAAAAGGUGAAAAAUUCAGUGAAAAAUUACUUUGAAAAUGAUUCAGAAGAAAAGGACAUUUUGGAGCAAUGGAGGGACACAUUUCAACAGAAGAUAGAGGAUCUACAUGAUGAUCUUAUCAAACAAGCACAAAGAGACUUAAAUGGAAUAAUUUCACAGAAUAAGGCCUGCAAACAGUUGGAGGAACAAAAGACACAAUAUGAGUCAACACUCUUUAAGAAGAGCAAAAAACUUGCUUUAACCCUCAAGAGUAAAGCUAAUGAUGAGAGAGAGCUAAGAAAACAUUUUGAUUUAAUGUGGAGACAAUGGGUUUCUGACUUGACUGCUGACAAGUCACCUCUAAAAGAAAUUAAUACAGUACAGGAUUUACUUAAAAUCCUCUCUGAACUGUAUGAGGAACAAAUUGUUCUUCAACGAUUUGUUAACUACAGUAAAAAAUCUACAAGUGUUAAAAAGUACACCAUGAUAAGCAAUACUGGUGAUUAUACUAAAUAUGUAAAUUUGAGCAAGUGUUUGAAUCAUUUAACACCCAAAGACCAGAAUUCAAUAAGGCAGUUGACAUUCAAUAUCGCUGAGAAAAUUGAUGAGCUCAGCAAAUCUAAGUCAGUUGCAAAAAAGGGAUAUAAAUCAUCAUAUUUUCAAGAGAUUGCACUACUUGUAAAAGAGGAUGUGGCAGAACACACAUCAAAGUCAAACUUAAAAUACAAGUUUAAACCAAAGUUCAUAGUGGAUCUUUCUCUGCAUGUGUGUGAGCGUGCCGGACGAUUGUUUGGAGCCCAGCACAGAGCAUUCAGAGAGUCUACUGACCCAUUAAACUACCUUGAGAAGAAGAAACAUGAAUACUUCAAUGUCUUUGAAAAAUCAUGCCAUGGUUCUACUACUGUGGCUGUUUUUGGUGGGUUAAUAUGUGGUGAACUUAGGGAAGCCAUCCAGCAGAGUUUCUACAACAGCGCUGCUUGUGAUUUAGCUGACAAAAUGAGAACAAACAUCACAGCAUUUAAUGGAAACAGGUCAAAACUGGAAAAACAUAUCCUAAAAUCACUGGCAGAAGAAGAGGACUUUGGAAAGUUCACAAAAUAUCUUCUAAAUCCCCGUGAAUAUUUUAAGGAAUUUAUUAAAGAUGUUGUUGAAAAAUAUAUGAUGAAAGAAAAUCUAAGAGUACUUGACAAAAUUAGACAAACCAUCAAAAAUAAACAGGGAUGCAUAAUCUCUGCAGCAAAUACUGCUACAGAAGAGGUGGUAAAAAAAAAAGGAGAUGCAAACAUGUGGCUGAAGACAUUUUCAGAUGAACUGAAAGACGAGCUUGAAUAUAAUGUUGAUCACCUCAGAGGUAAUAACUGUCAAGACAUUGCUGAUUUUCAAUUACUCACAGAUGUUGUAAAAAAAGAAAUGCCCCAUAUUAGUGAGGAACUGACCAAAAGCAUAAAUAAUCUGUCUGACCUUACAACUGCAAAAUUCAGGAAGAAACCAGAUGACAUUCUAAUUGAGCACUUCUGCCAGUGCUGUUGGGUGCAGUGUCCUUUCUGUAAAGCCAUCUGCACCAACACGAUGGAGGACCAUGAUGGAGAUCACAGUGUCCCUUUCCAUCGUAACUAUGGAAUAAAUGGGUGGCAUUACAGAGGAACAAACAAUCUUUGCAUCAGUUUCUGCACAACCUCAGUAGCAAGUGAUGACCACUUCUACCCAACAUUUGAAUCUCAUGAAAUGGUGCCAUGGAAACAAUACAGAACAGCUGGUCCUGAGUUUGCAAACUGGAGCAUUACCCCUGAUCUCUCAGAACUGCCCUACUGGAAGUGGUUUGUGUCUAGAUUCCAGAAAGAUCUAGAGGAAUUUUAUAAGAAAACAUUCCAAGGACAUGGUGAAAUUCCUGAUGAAUGGAGAAAGUACACUAAAGAAGAUGCCAUUGAGAGUUUGAAUAAAUAUAUCUAA